AUGGAUUUUGACCACAGAGAAAAGGGAAGAACAGGUGCAGGUCGUGUUACGAGCCAACAGCUGCAAAUUCAAAGAAGAGACCGACUUAUCAAAUUGGCAAAGGAAACUUCGGAUAUUUCCAGAAACCCGUAUUUACUCCGAAACCAUUUGGGCAAAUUUGAGUGCCGAUUAUGUCUUACAGUACACAGCACAGAAGCAAAUUUCCUCGCUCACACGCAAGGAAGAAAGCAUCAAGCCAACUUAGCUCGCCGACAGGCAAUGGACGAAAAGAGAAGUCAGCCGAUGCCUCUCGUUCCUCCCUCGAUUCCUAAGGUAAUUCACCAUCCUCGUAUUAAAAUCGGUCUUCCGGCCUAUCGAGUCGACGAUCUCCGCGACUCUUCUACUGGCCAACGCGGUCUUCUCUUCGAAAUCGAAUAUCCCCAAAUCCAGCCAGGCCUGCAGCCUCGCCAUCGUUUUAUGAGUGCAUUCGAGCAGAAAGUGCAAGCGCCUGAUAAGAACUUUCAAUAUUUAAUUUUUGCUGCGGCUCCUUACGAGAAUAUCGCGUUCAAAAUCCCCAACAAAGAGAUCGACAAAGGCGAAGGUCGCUUUAUUACGAGCUGGAACACGACGACCAAAGUGUUCCAAUUGCGAAUGUUCUUUAAAACCGACGAACAGAGCGAAGCGGAGAAGAAGAGGAGAGAGGCGAGCCACACGGCGCCAUCUCUUCGCAUCGAGUAUUAUGGACGACUGUACGUUUGUUUGAUCAAAAACAUGAUUUGA